UUGCAGGAGUUUUAAUGGAUGAAACGGCAGCAUUGGAUUCAUUACCAAUAAAUGGUCAAGAAUGUUCCAAAAUAUCGGAAUCAUAUGAUUUCCAUCCAUUAACAUUACAAUCUUUAAACUUGGCUCAUAAUCAGUUGACAGUAGCAACUACUCCUGAUAUUAAUACCGUUGUGAAAUCAUCUGAAAAGUAUUGUUGUCAGACAUUCAAUGAUAUCGGAAAAUACUGGUGGAAUAUUAGCGGAUGUGAUGGAGAAUCUAAUUAUAAAGUAUCAACUGAACUAUCACAACAGAAUGGAUUUAUUAAGAAGUCGAAGUAUGGGGAAAAUUUUCGAGGAUCUAACGUGAAUGAAUUCGAGCAGAAAAGCUUCUUAACUUCACUCUCGGUGUAUUUUUGUUGGACUGUUUUGAUGAUUUUCGCAUUCUUGCGGGAAUUACUUCGUUGGCAUGGCAUUGAAAAGAAUGUUGCAGCUGUUGAAAGACCAGAACAAAAAGAUUUUGUAUCACUUUUCUCAGAGUUUGAAGCCAUUUACGAACGAAACUGCUACAUGCGCGUACGCGAUGUUUUUGAACGACCAAUCACUAGUGUUCCGGGAGCAACAGUAAAACUCAUGGGUCGUAGCUCCGAUGAUUACAACUGGACCUAUAAAUACGUAGGAACUGAAACAGAAGUAAUCAAUGUUGGAUCGUAUAAUUAUAUGGGAUUUGCUGAAGCCAGUAGCUUGUGUGGGAAAGAAGCAGCAGCGAUUAUCGACGAGCAAGGAUUGUCCACAUGUUGCUCCAUCCAACAGCUAGGAUUUUCAAAAGUACAACAUGAUCUAGAAAAGCUCGUAGCACAGUUUAUUGGUGUUGAUGACGCUAUCUGUUUCAGUAUGGGUUUUGCUACUAAUUCUCUGAAUACACCAUGUCUAGCUGAUAAAAAUUCAAUUAUAAUUAGUGACCAGUUCAAUCAUGCGUCACUUAUUCUUGGCAGUCGAAUGUCUGGAGCAACAGUCCGUAUCUUCAAACAUGAUGAUAUGGCGGAUUUGGAAAGAAUUAUUCGUAAUGCAAUCGUGUACGGUAAUCCAAAGACGAAAAAACCAUUCACUAAGAUUUUAAUCGUUGUGGAAGGAAUAUAUUCCAUGGAGGGUUCAAUAUGCAAUUUGCCGGCCAUUAUUGCGCUAAAAAAGAAGUACGGUACUUAUAUAUAUCUCGACGAGGCGCAUUCUAUCGGAGCAAUGGGUUCACGUGGACGUGGUAUUGUCGAUUAUUGGGGUUGUGAUCCACAUGAUGUUGAUAUUUUAAUGGGAACAUUCACCAAAAGUUUUAGUGCAGCUGGUGGUUAUAUUGCAGGUAACAAACGGCUUAUAAAUUAUAUACGAGUAAAUUCGGCCGCAACAAUCUAUGCACUUCCGAUGUCACCUCCUGUUGCACAGCAGAUCAUAUCAUCAAUGAAAAUUAUGAUGGGUCUUGAUGGUUCUAAUGAUGGUGAAAUGCGGAGAGAGCAUUUACGGCGUAAUACUCAUUAUUUCCGGAAACAUUUAAAACGUAUGGGUUGUAUCGUAUGUGGAUCAGAUGAUAGUCCCAUUGUUCCAAUUAUGCUUUAUUAUCCUACAAAAUGCGGGUUUUGGGGUCGCGAAAUGCUGAAUCGACGUGUGGGAGUUGUAGUGGUUUCAUUCCCAGCAACACACAUGACUGAAAGUCGAGUAAGAAUUUGCCUUAGUGCUGCUCAUACCAAAGAAAUGCUGGAUUAUGUGCUUGAUGCUAUCAAAGAGGUUUCCGAAGCAAGUAAUACCCUAUCAUUACGGAUAAAACAGAAAUAUGCAAAUCUAGCGAUCGACUGGUAAUUAUGGCUCAUCUAAUUUCCAAAAAAUCGUAUUUUCCUCCACCUCAUAAGUAGAUUUCCUACUGAUCUUUUGUUUUACCCAAUAUGUAUACGCAGAUAUCCGGUUAGAAAUCGAAAAAGAAAUAAUCUAUAUUCCUUUUUUAAAUUUCAAAACCUUCUCCAACUUCCGGUUUUCAUAACUUACAUCUCCGAAAAGACAUAUGUUCUGAAAAGUGAGAACUUUGAAAAUUGUCAUAUUUGAAGAAGUUGCGUGAAAUUUCACUUUAAAUUACCUUUUAUUAUUAUAAUUUCCGCGUAAUUAUAUAUGUAUUUUCAUGUAUCAUCUAAUCAGUGUUUUGUUUGUUCCAGUGAGAUAGUUAUGGAAUAGUUAAGCAAUUGAAUCAUAUACAUUCCAUGAGGUAGUUUAACACGGAACAGCGAAGAUCUCUACAGCC